GUGUGCAAAAAUUAAAACAUCUGAUCUUCAAAUUUCCCUCCGUGAAGCCGUCAUCUUUGCUGUCAUCUUUAUACCUGGAGUGAUCAGACACCACCGCUGGAGCAACAGCGUGCUGGGAAAACUGUACGUGUUCCCCAAACACUAAGGGUAGCAGAGGUACUCUGCCAUCUCGCAAGCACAGCCGUGCACAGGCAGGCGGGCAUGAGGACUUCGGAGCUACACCUGGCUCCCAGACGCCAGGGCUUCCGGACAGCGGCAAGAGGAAUCGGCGGAGGCUUGUCCCAUGGCGUCUCGAUAUGACCGGGCAAUCACUGUCUUCUCCCCAGACGGACACCUGUUCCAAGUGGAAUAUGCCCAGGAGGCGGUGAAGAAAGGAUCCACAGCGGUUGGAAUCCGAGGUACUGAUAUAGUUGUGCUUGGAGUAGAAAAGAAAUCUGUUGCCAAGCUUCAAGAAGAAAGAACUAUGAGGAAAAUUUGCGCCCUUGAUGACCACGUUUGCAUGGCUUUUGCAGGACUGACUGCUGAUGCCAGAGUGAUAAUAAACAGAGCCCGGGUGGAGUGCCAGAGUUAUAAGCUUACCGUCGAGGAUCCAGUCACUAUAGAAUAUAUAACUCGCUUCAUUGCAACCUUGAAGCAGAAAUAUACACAAAGCAAUGGACGAAGACCUUUUGGCAUUUCUGCCUUAAUUGUAGGUUUUGACUACGAUGGCACCCCGAGACUGUAUCAGACUGAUCCCUCUGGUACUUACCAUGCUUGGAAGGCAAAAGCAAUAGGCCGAAACGCUAACACUGUCCAAGAAUUUCUAGAAAAGAAUUACACAGAAGAUGCUAUAGCAAAUGACAAUGAAGCUAUCAAAUUAGCAAUAAGAGCUUUGCUAGAAGUUGUCCAGUCUGGUGGUAAAAACAUUGAACUUGCUAUAAUAAGAAGAAACCAGCCUUUGAAGAUGUUCAGUGCUGAAGAGAUUGAAUUACAAGUAACUGAAAUAGAAAAGGAAAAGGAGGAAGCAGAGAAGAAAAAAUCCAAGAAGACUACCUAAUUCUUAGGAUGAACAUUAGGAGCCAUUAGUGUUUUGUUGUACUCCUCGGAAUUAUUUAGUGAAGUUUUAAAGGAAAUAAGUUGGUUUGCGGCAUUACAUUAAAUAGUUAUGUGCUGUUUUGAGAAUGCCACACUUGGGCUGUCUUCAGUCUGUUACAUAGACAGACUUGUCUUAGUGCGAAGGUAUUCUUUGAAAACAAGUGUCACUAGUUGUUGAAAGCGGUCAUAAUUCCACAUAAGCCUUAGACUGCACUUAAUAACUUGUCCAGUGUGUUACUCUUCUUCAUUUGUGCAGACCUAAGGAAAAAGUUUAAUGUUUAAAAAUUAAUAAUUUGUUGAUGUUUGAGUAUUGACAUUAGGUAAAGAUAUAGCUAUUUCAAAAUAAACUGAAUACUGAGGCAUGCUUCUGCAUGAAUGAUAAAAAUA